AUGAGUCUUCAUAACGAAACCUCGCCGGUGCCGGCUCCACCCUCGCUUUCAUUUACACAGGGGUUUCUUCUCGGACAGCUCUCUGUCGUGCUGUUGAUCGGAGCUUUUAUCAAAUUCUUCAUUUUCGGCGAAGCACCUCCGUCCCCAUCCCGUGGACUUUCCCACCGCAACGCAACCCAGAGGCGAACCAACUCCGUCUACAAUGCUUCUCCGAACGAAGAGACGACCAGAUCAUUGAGAGAAAAGCCUUCCACAACAAAUGUCCUCCGUCCGGUGCCCUCAUCCGCAACGAACACCCGAUCCAUCCUCCGCAAAACCUACUACAAUGCUAUCCCUUCCACGCCCUCCAAACAUGGUCGUCAGAGGAUGCACCAUUCGUCGCAUCAGCCGGAAUCGAUGGACUGGUUUAAUGUGCUGAUUGCUCAGACCAUUGCACAAUAUAGACAAACGGCCUAUUUGCUGAAGGACUCGCCUACAUCGUCGAUUCUCAGCUCCUUGAACGCGGCGUUAAAUAACCCGGAGAAGAAGCCGUCCUUCGUGGAGAAGAUCGCAGUUACGGAUAUCUCUCUAGGAGAAGAAUUCCCGAUUUUCAGCAACUGUCGCAUUAUUGCUGUUGAUGAUCCGAAUACCGAUGGUGGGCGACUCCAGGCGUUAUUAGAUGUUGAUUUGAGUGAUGAUAAUCUCUCAAUCGCUGUUGAGACGUCGUUGGUACUUAACUAUCCCAAACCGCGCUCGGCUAUCUUACCCGUCGCACUGUCGGUCUCCGUUGUUCGGUUCUCGGGAACGUUGUGUAUCUCUUUGGUCCCAGCAUCUACACCUCCCCUCCACACUCCAUCUCCAUCUCCAUCGCGCGAUGCAGAUGCGCGCCCGCAAACUGGUUCUGCUGAAACCAACCAAUCGGCCGCUGAUGCGCAAGAUGAUUCCACGAGGUCUACUAGUCCGAAGAGCAACGUUGCAUUCUCGUUUCUUCCGGAUUAUCGACUCGAUCUCUCGGUCCGCUCGCUCAUCGGCUCACGAAGUAGGCUCCAGGAUGUGCCCAAGGUUGCACAACUGGUCGAGGCACGGGUGCAUGCAUGGUUUGAAGAACGGGUUGUCGAGCCCCGAGUCCAAGUCGUGGGAUUACCGGAUCUCUGGCCUCGUAUGGGUCGGACCGGCGUGAGGACAGGUGAUGAAUCUGAAACAGCCUCGAACCCAGCAUCGCACACCGGCCAAGCUACCGAUAUAGCCGUCCCCAUCCAGAAUGAUGAGAAUGAUAGGGAAGCACCAGGCCUGAGGUUCCGUGGGUCGCGCCCAUCAUACGAUAGUGCUUCGCGGACCAGCAGCUAUAACGUCGAGACGGGUGGCCUUCGGAGUCGGAGUAUGACUCGGGAUGAUAGCGGCGGAGAGUUCCAGAUGCCUGGUUCUUUGCCCGGCGGGGUGAUUCCUAACUGA